AUGCCGCGGAAGAUUCGUUAUCACUGGCAGAAGCCAGCGGAGGAAGCGCCGCCGGGCCAACGUCCCUUCCCAACUCCCUUCGACCAGAUUGCGGACGAAGAUGGCGCUUGGGGCAACGACGAGACGAUUGAGUCUAUCGAUGGUCCGUACACCCUCCAGGAGAUCGCCAUGCUCGCGCUCUCCUACGAGAUCCGCAACAAACCCGACUGGCAGCGCAAGUAUCUCGAUCCGACCAUCCGCGCAAAGUGGAAGGAGGAGGCGCUCGUUUGGGCUGCGCCGAAGAAGAAGCACGACAUGCCCGCUUUGACGGAGAAUAUGAUUGACUACGUCCUCGACGAGCUCGCCUCGCACGAUGAGGUUGCGCAGCAGGCUCCUCACGGCAUCAGACUCGCCUGCUUCACCGGCAUCUACGAGUCGGACACGCUUGUUCCAGCUGACCUUCGCGACGCACUCCUCGCUGGCGUCGCAGAGCUCGAAGAUAAUCCGCCCUACGGCGAACCAGACUGGCAUCCCGGUUCGAACGAGCAGGUCCUCGAUCUCGUCCACCCGUCGCUCUUCCCGCUUCGCUACGGCAAGACGCUCGUCUACGACGUUGACGCCUCGGGAACAAUCUCGUCGAGGCUCGUCAAGGCUCCGGCGGCGAGGGCUGCUGAUCACUCGUGCUCGGAGGAGUUUCAGUGGCUUCCGGCAGACUUUGAAGUCAACCACAACGGGAAAGUGAAGAUCUCGUCAUACAUCAACAACCUGCACCCGGAGAAGCACAAGCCACUCUACCUCGUCCUCGCCGGCAUCUUCGAGCGCUUCGUCCCGGCUUUCGAGCGCGUCCUGUCGGACCUGCAACUCCCGCCAACGCAUCGCAUCUCGUUCGACUUCGAGUCCGUCUGGCACUGGCACGACGAGGCGGAGAAGAGCAUGCCGGACUUUGGUGACGAGUGGUGGGACAAGCAAGAACGCUGGGAGGCGCAAAGGCCUGUACACCUGCCCGAGCCGGAGCCGUUCUCGAUGCCCGCGACGGUCCAGUUUGAGCCGGUCUUCCCUCUCAAGGGCCGCAAGCUCCAGGUCAUUGUUAAGCUCGCCAGCAUCCACCUCACGCCCGAGAAGCCCGAGUAUCCCGGUGGCGUUUGGCACGUCGAGGGCAUGCAGAACGAGGAGAUUGUCGCGAGUGGGAUCUACUACUUCGACCAGGAAAACAUCGGCGAGAGCACGCUCGCUUUCAGGGGAACCUUCGACCAAGGCCGCCUGCUUUAUGCCCAGAGUGACCACCGCGGCGUACAGCAGAUGUACGGCAUCGAGCCGGAGGGACCGCUCAUCCAGAACUACAACGCUGUGCGCACAAGCGAGCACCGCGCAAUCGUCUUUCCCAACGUCUACCAGCACCGCGUCUCGCCCUUCUCGCUCGUCGACCGCUCGAAACCCGGCUACCGCAAGAUCCUCUGCUUCUUCCUCGUCGACCCGCUCAAGACCGACGCCGGCCUCGUUGUCUCGACCUCGCGCGUUCCGCCGCAGCAGUUCUCCUGGCUCGAGGACGCCGUCUGGGGCCUCCCGCCGCAGGUCCUUGACAAGUUGCCGCAUGAGAUCUGGGAGAAGAUCCUCCGCCAGGCCGCGCCGCACUACAUGUCGUUCAGGAAGGCCAAGCGGGUCCGUGAGGACCUGAUGGAGGAGCGCAAGUACUUGCACGACGAGAACAAGCGCAUCGUUUUCGAGCGCCCCUUCUCCCUCUGCGAGCACUAA